AUGGACCGCGAGACGCGCGCGCUUGCUGACCGCCACUUCCGAGGCCUGGGGGGCGGUGUGGCUGGCGUCGGCCGGGCCCCGGACCGGGUGGCCUUUGUCUCGGAUCCGGGCGCCUUCUCCUACGCCGACUUCGUGCGGGGCUUCCUGCUGCCCAACCUGCCCUGCGUGUUCUCCAGAGCCUUCACGCAGGGCUGGGGCAGCCGACGGCGCUGGGUGACUCCCGCGGGGAGGCCCGACUUCGACCACCUGCUGCGGACCUACGGAGACGUGGUUGUACCAGUGGCAAACUGUGGGGUCCAGGAAUACAACUCGAACCCCAAAGAGCACAUGCCCCUCAGAGACUACAUCACCUACUGGAAAGAGUACAUCCGGGGGGGCUACUCCUCUCCAAGGGGCUGUCUCUACCUCAAAGACUGGCACCUCUGCAGGGACUUCCCGGCGGCAGCAGAGGACGCAUUCACCCUGCCAGUGUACUUCUCUUCUGACUGGCUGAAUGAGUUCUGGGACGCGCUCGAGGUGGACGACUACCGCUUUGUGUACGCAGGGCCUGCAGGCAGCUGGUCCCCAUUCCACGCUGACAUCUUCCGCUCCUUCAGCUGGUCCGUCAACAUCUGUGGGAGGAAGAAGUGGUUCCUCUUCCCACCAGGGCAGGAGGAGACUCUGCGGGACCGCCACGGCAGCCUGCCCUACGACGUCACCUCCCCGGCACUCUGCGACACACACCUGUACCCGCAGGGCCGGCUUGCUUGCCCACCCCUGGAGGUCACGCAGGAGGCGGGCGAGAUGCUGUUUGUGCCCAGUGGCUGGCACCACCAGGUACACAACCUGGAUGACACCAUCUCCAUCAACCACAACUGGGUCAAUGGCUUCAACCUGGCCAGCAUGUGGUGCUUCCUGCAGCAGGAGCUGCGUGCCGUGCAGGAGGAGGUCAGCGAGUGGAGGGACUCCAUGCCAGACUGGCACCACCACUGCCAGGUCAUCAUGAGGUCCUGCUCAGGCAUCAACUUUGCAGAGUUUUACCACUUCCUCAAGGUCAUUGCCGAGAAGAGGCUUCUGAUCCUGGGGGAGGCGGCCGCCAGGGAUGAUGCUGGGUUGAGCUUCGAACAGGCAGCCUUUGAUGCUGGGCGCCUCACAGACGUGCUGGCCUCCUUGGUUGCGCACCCCGACUUCCAAAGAGUGGACACCAGCAUGUUUUCACCACAGCCCAAGGAGCUGCUGCAGCAGCUGAGGAAGGCUGUUGCUGCCACCUCCGCCCCAUAGCACCUGUCGAGAGGACAGAAGGAUGGGCGGAGGAGAGGAUGAGAGCCAGCCUCCUGCUCCAGGGCCCUUCCAGAAAUAAAGAGCGCCCUCCCUAUGA